AUGCAAUUAAAUUGGAAAUUAAUUUAGUACUAUUCAACAAACACUAUCAAUGUUGCUAUCGGACUGCUUUUAUAUUUAUAUGAUGUUAGUUUAAUAUUUUCACUUGUACUACUUAUUUUGAAUGGAAUAGUAUUGUUACUCAGCAUAUUGAUCAUUCAAAAACAAAAAAAGUUGAUUCCAAAAAAAUACUUUCAACAAUUUAUGAAUCUUACUCUAAGUGUUCAUAUAUCGUAUUGCUGUUUUUUAGAUAAGGAUUUAGCUAGAAUAACUUAUAUUUUAUUGAAAGCAUUAGAAAUAUAAAUGGUCAAAAAAUAAUCAAUAAUAAAAUCCUUAUUAUUGCAUCUUGCUUACAAUAUUUUAUUCUUUAUCUUAUUCAUAAUCCACAAGGAAAAUGCAAUCUCGUAUGUUGUCACAGUUUAUUGUACUCUAUUGCUAAUUAAGAUAAAGUACUCUUCGAUAAAUCAAGAAAAUUAAGAAUUCGAAUUGCCAGCACAAAUGACAAAACCCACACAAAGAAACUCUGAAAUUAUCAAUUUAAUAUAAGAUUCAAUAAGCAAUUCUUGGUUGAUUCGAUUACAAAAUAUACCAGUGGGCAUUAUGAUAGUUAAAAAGAAUAAUCUUUAAAUCAUGUUCUAAAACCAGUCUCUGCUUUAAAUGUUUGACGGCAUUAAGGACAUACCCAAAUUUCUAAUGAACGAAUUACAAUUCAAACUUCAAAUCAAAAGAAAGAGGAAAUAAGUUAAAGAGACAAGUAUUAAACUACCGAAGCAAUCUCCUAAACAAUACAACAGUAUUCCGUAGUUUUUUAGUUGCAACAAGGUGCCCAGUGUUUAGAGACUUCCUAACACUUUAAAUGAAAUAUUGGUGGAAUUAUAAAAUGGCAAUCUGGAUUAAUUUUAUUCAAAGGAAAACAAUCUAGAACUUUUAGCUUAAUUGUCAAAAUCCAAGUAUUCAUCCUUUCAGGAGGAAGACUAUACAAGAUAGAUCUAAUGCAAGAUAUUUUGCGGUUAGAACGAUAAUGAAUACUUGAUCAUAAUGGAUGAUAUCUCACUGCAAAGCUACUUAUAGAAGUUGGAGACUAGGGAGAAAUUCUAAGUCAGAAUUAUUGAUUCCUUCUCCCAUGAAUUGAGAACUCCAUUGAAUAGCGCCAAAUUAUUUUUAGAUGGCCUUAUUAAUGAUCCAAGCAUCAACGAGAAUCACAAAUAUAAUUUUAUCUAUCCUGCUUCCAAUGCCCUGAAGUUAUAAGCUUAUUUAAUUAGGGAUAUUAUAGAUUUUAUCUAAUUCCAUUCACAAAUUAUCAAAUAUAAGUUUGAAGAAUUUAAUUUUGAAGAUAUAGUCUAAGAAGUAAAUGAUUUAUUUAGACCAAUACUCUAAAUGAAAUACCUUGGAUUACACAUCAUUGUAAAAAACACUGUCCCUCCAUUAAUCUACUCAGAUUUCGAUAGAAUCAUGCAGAUCUUAGUCAAUUUAAUCUCAAAUUCAAUCAAAUUUUCUGAGAGAGGAUUGAUUACCUUAGAAAUAUCAUGCUAUGAUUCAACUCUAACCUUUUGUGUUAAGGAUCAAGGUGUUGGGAUAGAAAGUGAUUAGUUGCAAAAAAUCUAAGAGUUCUUAAAGUCCUUUAAUCAAAACAGAGAUUUUUCAUGUCAUGAUGAGUGGUAAGGUUUGGGAUUACUUGUCAGCCAAAUGAAUUUGUUCAAGUUAGCCCCGUUAAACAAAACCUAUUUGAAAAUAAACUCUACUGGCUUAGGCGAAGGUACUUAAGUCACCUUUAAAAUUAGGACAACUUAAACUUCAAAUACUCAAAUAUUAGGAACUACUAUCAAAAGGUAGAGUUUAAGAACUGCAUAUACAGUCCCUGAUCUCUGUAUGGGAAUUUAAGGGAUCUUAAUAAUUAAUAAUCCUAAAACGGAUGAUUUGAUGAUUGAUAAAAAGCUUUAAUAGAUUCCGAUUAGACAUCAUUCUUCAAUUGCUAAUUAUUUUCGCCCUUAAUAAUCCACAGGGUUGUUAAAUUAGUAUGUGUAACCAGAAACAGAUCUUUAAGAUGAGGACACUCAAAGAGGAAAUCUUUAAGGCAAUGUAAUAAAGUUGAAUAGCUCAGCCAAAAUAUUCUAUACCUUUAUCAAUAAUAAAGAAUUAAGGGAAAAAUCUAUUAAAAGAAGAAAAAAGUCCUCAUUUAGUAUUUCAGAAAUUGAUAUAUAAUCAAGCAAACGACCAAACACAUUAAUCUCAAGACUUAUUUAAAGGGAGGAACAAGAAAUAGAAAUGGAAGAGAAGUUUGACAACUUAUAAUUCCCUUGUUAAUGUGCUAGAAUUUUAUCAGUAGAUGAUGAUCUCUUCAAUCAAAAAGCAUUAUAAGUGAUAAUUGGCCAAAUGGGAUUUAGAUUAUUAAUAGCAUAUAAUGGUUAUUAGGCUGUUGAAUUAAUAUAAAACACUGAAAAAUGCUCUGAAUCAUGUAAGUUGUUCCACUUUAUUUUGAUGGACUGCUAGAUGCCCAUUAUGGAUGGGUGGACAACCACAAAAGUCCUAAUGGAUCUCAUUAGAGAUAAGCAGGUUCCAGAUAUCCCCAUAAUAGGUUUGACUGCAUUUAAUUCAACAGAAGAUAUCAAUAGAUGCUUUGAGGUUGGUAUGAGAGAUGUAUUGACGAAACCUUUAAAUAUUAAUUAGCUAAAGCAAGCAUUACUAAAAUUAUUUAAUUGA